AUGGUGCUGAGGACUGAGGAGGAGAGUGGGCAGACACAGUGGAUUUUGCAAAGGAUAAUCACAACACGACUUCUGGAAGCCUGCUCACUCUGCGACAGAACUCUUCCUGAUACUCCCAACAAUAAUAAUACCUUCUGCAAAUUCUGCCACAAGAACAGCGCCUCCUCUUCUUCCUCCUCUUCCUACAAGCGCCUCUUUCGCAUCCUUGUUUCCAUAGCCACGGAUACCAAGGUGCUUAAUGUUAUGUGCUUUGAUAGGGCUGCUAGAGUCUUGUUUGGCUGCUCUGCUGAUGACUUCUUUCACUUUUCCAAGCUUCACCCUUUUGCUGCUGCCAAUGCUGCUAAAAUUUUGGAAGGGGAGAUGUUUAGAAUGACGUUGUCCAAACCAAAGAAUGGUAAUGCACAAAACCUGCGAGCUGUCUCUGUUGUACCUUUGAGAUCUGGUUUCAAGCCAGCAAUUGAAUCAUUGAAGGAAUUUUAUGGGGUAAAAGCAGCAACUUCUUGA